AAGAAACGCUGGUUCGUCCUGCGCAGCGGUCGGAUGAGUGGGGACCCCGAUGUCCUGGAAUACUACAAAAAUGACCACUCCAAGAAACCUUUGCGUGUAAUCAACCUCAAUUUCUGCGAGCAAGUGGAUGCGGGGCUGACCUUCAACAAGAAGGAGCUGCAAGACAGCUACAUCUUUGACAUCAAGACCAGUGACAGGACCUUCUACCUGGUGGCUGAGACUGAGGACGACAUGAACAAGUGGGUUCGCAGCAUCUGUCAGAUCUGUGGCUUCAACCAGUCUGAGGAGAACACAGAUACCCUGAGGAGCAUCGCCUCCAUGAACCAUGCACCGCGGUCCUCCCCAGCAGAGCUCAGCAGCACCAGCCACCACCUGCUGCGAGAGCGCAAGUCCUCAGCACCGUCCCACUCCAGCCAGCCCACCCUUUUCACCUUUGACUCGCCUGCCAGCCACCUCCAGAGCACCCUGUCUGCCAGUGCCCCCCAGGACUACCUUUUCCUCCACCAGUGUAUGAGCAGAAAGUCAGAAAACGCAAGGAGCGCCAGCUUCUCCCAAGCCACGAGGUCCACCUUCUUCAUGCGGAGUGACACAGCAGUCCAGAAGCUCUCACAAGGCAACGGCCACUGCAUGAAUGGGGUUGGUGGGCAGCUCCAUGGCUUUUACAGCUUGCCAAAACCCAGCAGGCACAACUCAGAGUUCAGGGACAGUGCGUAUGACCUCCCACGCGCCUUCGGUUCCUACACCCACCCCAAGUCGAGCCUCACCAGCUCCGAAACAGAUAACGAGGAGGUCUACACCUACAAGACUCCCAACAACACUCUAUGCAAGGAGUUUGGGGAGCUCUCCACGGACUCCUAUGACAUCCCUGCCACCCCACUCUCCGUCUACCAGAUCCCCAGGACAUUUACACUGGACAAGAACCACAAUGCUCUGGCUGUGGCUGCCAGCGACUCACCUGCUGCACCACCCCCGCGGCCCCCAAAACCUGGGCAGACAGAGCAGCGAUGGGGCAGCCCACCCCAGCGGCCCCAGCCUGGUGAAAGCUUAGGUCUGACCCCCAUGGCAGCCACCAUUCCCCGGAGAAACACACUGCCAGCGGUGGAGAACAGCAGGCUGCACCGAGCUUCUUCUUGCGAGACGUACGAAUACCCCCAGCACGGGGGCAGCAGCGCUGUGCAGUCGGUGGAGUCGAUGAACGACGGGUACCACUCCUACCUGCAAGCCAAGGCAGCAGUGGCCCGCUCCCAUAGCACCGACUCCGAGGACAACUACGUCCCCAUGAACCCUGGUUCCUCACCCCUGAUCCACACCGAGAAAGCCAACGACAAUGCCCAAAAUCUCUACAUUCCUAUGAGCCCUGGGCCGCAUCACUUUGAUCUGGUGGGAUUGUCCUCAGCCACCGUCCCCGUGCAUAAAGGAGGAGCCAUGGCGCAGUGCCACAGACGGUUGAGUGAAAUCCAGCCCCCACCAGUCAACCGCAAUCUCAAACCUGACCGGAAAGCAAAGCCAUCACCACUGGACCUGAGGAACAACACUGUCAUCGAUGAGCUUCCCUUCAAAUCGCCGGUCACAAAAUCCUGGUCCAGGCCAACGCAGACCUUCAACGCCGGCUCUUUGCAAUACUGUCGCCCUGUCUCCUCCCAGAGCAUCACCAGCACUGACUCAGGAGACAGCGAGGAGAACUACGUGGCAAUGCAAAACCCCAUUUCUGCUUCUCCUGUUCCUAGUGGCACCAACAGCCCAGCGCCUAAAAAGAGUUCAGGGAGUGUGGAUUAUCUGGCCCUGGACUUCCAGCCAAGCUCACCAGGGCCACACAGAAAGCCCUCCACCUCAUCAGUCGCCUCGGACGAGAAGGUUGAUUACGUGCAAGUGGACAAGGAGAAGACACAGGCACUGCAGAGCACCAUGCAGGAGUGGACUGAUGUGCGGCAGUCCUCGGAGCCCGCCAAGAACACGAAGCAGUAGCCCCUGGGGCAAGCAGUGAAACAGGCAAAUGUCUCGGCAGUUUUCCCCAGCUGGGGCCCCGCCGGGCUGCCAGCUCCACUUGGGCUGGAUUUCUAAGACUUGUCUGUGGAGAGGAGGGGGGUCUUCAUUUUUAUUUUUUUUUUCUUUUAAGACAAAAAGAAACUUAAUUUCAGGGGAAGACUUGGCAGAUACUGUUUGCCAGUGAUAAAGACCAACUAUGUUCGGUGGCUCGGUUUGGGCUUUAGCUGCUGGAUGCACUAUCCAGGAACUUCGAUUUAGCAAUACCAGGUUUCACCCUACACAUCUUUUGCUUACAGCUAUUAAAGCCACCUUGUAUGUGCUAACACUGCAUCAUCUCUCCCCGUCUUCUUCCAAACUGUACCCCCAAACCAUGCCAUGUAGGUUUGCAGCCUCUCUCACAGGACAUCAUUCCCCAGGUCGGAUUCCCCACUCUCUAUGGUUGCCCUCUGCCUCCUCCCAAUCCCGAAAUUGAGCAAGGACCAUUCCUUUUGAAAUCACUUCUGUUGUCCCAUCUCUUGUAAAUAAUAUGUUCAAAACCUCUGAGGGCUAUACUCCUCCUGGUAGGACAACCCCCAUGGUUUUAGUUGUGGUUGUUAACGUUCAGGAGCUUGAAGAGCAGCCAGACUGUCCCAUUGAACAGACUCGGAAGCCCAAGACUUGCCCCAUCAUACACACACGUGUAUAUGCCAGCACAUGCUCGCACACAUGCAUGCACGUGUGAAACAACCAGUUUUGUGGGGUGUCUUCUGCCUUUGAUGCUCUCCAGCAUCUCUCAAAGUCAAUGAUCUGGAGAGAUUGGCUUUGGAUAGCAGAAUUUAAGCACUGACCCACUGCCUAGCUGAAACAAAUUGCCUGUGAAUCUGGCCCUAAGAACCAAAAUCUGACCUUUGUGGCAACAAAAAAAGCCCAUAGAGUGAGAGUCCUACAUCUGCAGGCAUCAUGAGAAGCUCUGUGGUUGAGUAUGAGGGGUGCAGGAAGGUUCUGGAGACUCUGUAUAUCUGGACUGGUGCGAGGAUGAGUGACAAGGAGGGAGUGGAAGGCUGUUGCAAGGACUGGGAGAAAGUGGGUGCUGUACUGCAGAGGUUGGUCUUGGGUGAGGAGGUCCAGUGGGGUGUGUCUUGGAGGAAUGGAGUAGAGUAAUUGGAAUGUUGGUUGAUGGUGAGGAUUUAGGCUUGGGAAGAGGCUGGUCAGGAGAGUUAGGGCAAGGUGUUUCCGUAUUAACUUUAAUGUAGCAUUAUGGUUGGUUUGGGGUGGGUGAAAAGAACUGGACUAGAUAUUUUCCCCCCAUCUUCAGCAAUGUUUCUUCAACACAGAAAUGGGGCUUCUUGAUGUUAAUGACCCUAGGCUCUAAUUAUGGGUGGGAAUCUGCUGUUGCCCCUUGUCAGCAUCAUUGACACAUCCAGGCUUUGGGAUUGCUCCCCAGACAGCUGCUGAGUGCAGAGAGCCAAGAAGGAAGAGACAGUUUAUUGCAGAGAUAAUAAUUCAUGAUCUCAUGAAAACAGGAAGGACUAGGGAUUGCCAUGGAGCAGCCUGAUUGCCAGACAGCAAGCACUGACACGAACAAACAGGCCAACCACCUACUGAGAGACAAACGAUGGAGACAUUAGAAAGAUUAGGUAAUAAUAUUGAUUAAAUAGCUGGAGCUAUUCUUUCUGCAAGUUGAACCCCUCCCAGUGCCACAGGCUCUAUGUUCCACCAACACCACCAAGUUGUAUUGAUUAUAGAUGCUUGAGCAUUAGCACAUCUGUUUAAGCUUGGCCUGAGUUUGGAAAAGGCCUGAUGUAACCCACACAGGGACAGGAUAGCAGUCUCUUAAGGGCUGCUUGUUGGUAAAAUAAGUCUUGAACUUCCAACACCAGUUUAUGUUUUCUUCCCCCAUGCCAUGAAAGGGAAGGAUAUUAAUGCAAAAGCUCUGACAGCCCUUUUAAGACAUUGAAGUGUUGGCCUUUUACAGAAAUAAUGACGCAAAUGAAGCUCAUGGUGAAAAAAAUAACCAUCUAGGAGAAAAGAAAUGGAAAAAAAAAAAGAUCCAGAAGGGAAGAUAUAGCACAGCCAGAUGCUUUCUGAAGGUUGGGGAGUGUGUUACAGCCUGCAAGGGCCUUUGCCUCUCACUGGGGGCUUGCACGCUUGCAUGGUGAGAUAAUGAAAUGAAGACCAGAGUACAGUGUUUCAUAUUUCUAUAGCCUCUUUCAUCACUGCAUCUCAGGGGAGGCUAAUCUUUGGGCCUGAUCCAAAGCCCACCGAAGCGUGUGUUCAGCCAGCUGAGAGCAAGCUCCCCAUCCCCAGGGAAAAGCAAAUGUGACUCAAGUGGAAAGCUGAUUUUUUUCCUAAUUCAUCCUCUAAACUGUUAGGUGGACACAAAGGAAGAUGAGGUUGGGAGAGAAGGGUUACGGUGCAUGCUGGUUGUAUUUCUCUGCCAAAAUUGCGCUUUUCUCCUCUCGCACUAAAAUGCAGCCACCUCUGAGGUGGAUUGCAGCAGGAAUUUUGGGAAUGGCUCUUUAUGCUGCUUUGGGUCUCUCUCAAUCAAACAAUGCAACUAUUCUCAAGAUGAAACUGAGCCCAGCUGCAGGCUAAAAAAAAUUUAAACCGGACCAAAAGCCUGGAGAAAUCAAGUGAUGGCCCAUGCUCAGAUUGAGUCUUUUACUCCACCUGGAAGAUGGGGAACUCAGGUCGUCCCAAAAAUACCCUGAAAGCAGGGAGGUGAAGAGGAGGCAGCAGCAAUAGACCUUUCUGAUGGUGCAGUGGCCUGAGAGACAACACAAUGGGUUGGGAUGCAUUUUGUUGAGUCGGUGCCCUGCGAUUCUGUGCUGGGAUUAGGUGCAUUCAGUGCCCACCCCCAAAGCAUUAAUUAAGAUUGGAAAAGCCCUUCAUGAAGAAGCUAGUCCUUUUUCUCCACAUCCCAGAAAUGUCUGCAUUUGUUCAUGGGGCACACAAUAGCAUGGGAUAGCUCUUUUCCCCGUUUCAGUCUGCCUUCAUGACCAUCCCCAGCAACUGACCCUUUGCAUUCAGCCAACCAAGGACCAAGCCAUCCCCAAAGCAGCCAUUUUGCAACUGCUGGUUGCCUGUCCCUCUCUGCUUUGCAGUGAGGUCUCUGUUUUCCCAGACGCAGGUAUAUUCCUCCAUUUUUUUUCCCUGCUAAGCACCAAGCAAAUGGCCCCUCCGAACUAAAGAGCAGCCCAUAGACUCUAUUCAUUGCCAUAUAGACAUGAGUAUAUCAAACCCUCCUGAAAGCCAUUAAGUAAUCAAUGGCUGCAGUGGAAAUAGUCAUUCCUGAUGGUUGCCGAGCUGAUUACAGAAGUCCCUGAUGAUUAAUGUUUGUGCAGUAUUUAGUCUUAAACCAUAUUGAAAAGCAGCUGGUUUAAUUACACGGACUGCCAAGAACUUUGUCCUGAAGGCAUUGAAUUUAUUACAUCCACUCUAUACUUGGAUGCUCAAGUACGACUGGGUCUUUUGUUAGAAAUAGGUAUUUUAGGAAGCUGAGAACACUGCAAAUGAUUCAUUUUAAUUGCAAUUAAAAUGGCUUGAGUCUUCUCGUCAGAGCCUGCUCUUCAGCUCUAUGGUUCCAUUUAAGCGAAGGGAUGUGCUUUGUGUUUGUGCGUGCUCGUGGAGAAGGGUUGUCGGUGGGACAAGCAUCAUGACCUCACUAUUUAGUUUUAUGAAGUACCAAGGCCAUGGCUCAAAGUUCUGCCCAAGUUUUAAAAUGUCUAAGCUGUUGGUUUUAAAGACAGAAGUCUCCAAAGGUGUGUGCAACUGCUGCCCAUGGUUCCUCUGUCUGGUGAGAUGUGUGAUCUACCUUGGAGCUGCUUUGCUCUGAGGUGACAUUUGAGUGUUCAGUGGGAAAUACAUUCACAUCUCUAAAUGGAUGCCAGGCUUAGGCUUGGUCUCAAGUUGGAAAAAGAAAAUACAUGUGAGUGUAGACUGUGCCAGCGUAAAGCUGAGUGUCUGGAAGAUAGGGCCAAAUCCAGAGCCCGAACCAAAAGGUAGUUAUGACUUGGGUGAAGUGGGAGCUAACUGGGAUGGAUUUAGACCCAGAGCUACCAUCCACUGACAAGGGUUAUAUAUGGGAGGAUGUGAGGUUGGGAGGAGAGAGGGCAGGGGAGUUUGCCAGCAAGACUUGAGUCUUGGUCCUCACCAUGUGCUCCUUUGGCAUGAGUCUCAAGUCAGAUAUAUUGAGAUCUGUGGGUUGUGGAGUGGGUUUUUGCUCAAUAAAAGCCAUGCACUGGUGGGAGGGGAGCUCCCACUGCUCUCAAGACUUACCCAGGGCACUUCACUCUCAAGGGGGUCAUCAUCUUGCCCAACAAAAUGAUGCCUCGGUGCUCUGACUUUCAGAGAACCUUGGUCCAUGUACCCAGCUCUGAGCUGGACAGGAGAAGCCCUACCAGAAAUGUGGGGACCCAGACAUGCUCAGAGACACCUUGCUCUGGGGCUCCCAUGAGAUGGUCAUGGGCAGCAGUGCCAUGGCUUCAGAGGGUCAUCCCACGAGGAUCCACCUUCAUCCUUGGAGCUUUUCAAGACCAGGCUAGAUCAACACCAUAGUUUGGAGAAGAGAGUGGGACUAGAGACAUCUCUUCCCCCUCAAUUUACCCUGAGAUCCUGUGCUGCUGGGGCUGAGCGGAGACUCCUCCAUGUGGUGGAAGAGGCCAAAAGUAUUGCCUAGAGUCCUGUAGAGUCCGAAACAGGGCCAGGGCCUCUCCUCUGGCUAUGAAGCCAAGUGGCAAAGCACAGCUCAACCCCUGAGACCAUAGCCCCCAACAAGAGAACCUAAUCCACACUGGGGCUAUCCCUUGCACCUGGGAGAGGGCUGACUGGCUCAGACCAAGUCAUCCAGGACAUGGACACACAGUCUGAGCAACUCGGGGACAGCUUGAACCUGUAUAUUUUUUAGAAACCAGAGCUCUCUGCAGCCCCACACCAGCCCCUACACCCUGGUGUCCCAGACCCUUGAGCAUAUCCGGAAGAGUUGGCUUGCUUUGGCCACCCGUUGAGCAUGGCUACUUGGGAAGGGUAGAGCCAUGUCCAGGUCUUAUGUGGUGGUGGAUUUUGGUAAGAAGAUGUUUAAAUAGCUCCCAGGUCCUGGCCUAGACGGCGAAUAAGAGGAUAGUUUUCCCAAGUCAUGCUUGCAUUGUUUUUGCACCUGGUGAUAUUGCUAUUCCAUGUAAAAGUUGACACCCGUGUGCACUGUGUCCUGUUGAUGGGAUGUUGUCUGGAUGAGAUGGAUGCAGUGGGGCUGUGCCUAUGGAGAAGAGCCACUUGUAACGGGAAGGGCGAAGAGCAGAGCCUAACCCCAAACCCAGCCAGAGGACACUCAUGGCCAUCAAAGAGCCGACAAGAAAAUCAGAGGGACCAGUCCAGCAUCAAAUCACAAGGGCCAGUAAACCAGUUUAGAUGCCUGGUGAGUCUGCAUGUCUCUCUUCUCUGCCCAGAAAGCAUCAGCCUGCCCACAUGUACAUAAUGAUCUUGCAACUGUUAAUGAGGCUCUUGAAGGUAGAGAUGUCCACCUUUUCGUCAUGAUUUCUCCUUGGCCUGCAGCAAUUCAACCCUACAUCAGCUUGUUCUUGGUGUCUCAUCCUUGUAGUCGCAAUUUUAUCUCCUUGUUCACAACUCCUGGAGUUGUACUCUUAACCAGGUUGCUACUUUAGUAGCUGCUCCUGAGAAAAGUUGAUAUGUAGCAAGGUGUCACCAAAGAGCUCUCCCCCUGCCAACCCAUGGCCAGCCAGUCCUGGCACAUGACAUCCAAAUUUUAACAUCUGGAGCAGAAGCUGGGCCACAUGACUGAAACAGCUCUGGAGCUGAAAGAACCUCUCAGUGGACUUGCUUCCAAUCAGCAGGCUUUUAAUUUUUGUUGCAGCCCAUUGCUAACAUAUAACGGGUUCAUUUGUAGGCCAGUGGGUUGACUACGUGGAAGAGGUCUGCUCCAAGACCAGGAGAUAAGAAAUCAUCUUUUUAACUGUUGUUCUUUCGGUGACACCACACUUUAUCGUUAGGUGGGAUGAAGGCGUUCAUUUGAACUCUGCAUCCCGCUCUUUCUCCAGCUUGUAAAAAUGAAGAUUUUUAAUACACAGAUGCAUCGUGUGGUGUAGUCAAUUGACAGCUAAUAAUGCAAAGAGCUGGUUUAGAGUCUGCAUCCAACAGCCAGGCAGCUUCUGGUAGUACCCCGUUGUCAUGCCCAGCAUCACACACAACACUACACACCCCGCUCUGCAAAGCUCAUUAAAAAACUCUCAUUCUCCACUACCAAGGUGGAAAAAAAAACUUGGCAGAAUUUUCUCCUGAGCAAGGCAGGUGGGGGAAAAGCCAUUUGCACAGUUUCAGUGUUCUGCUGCCACCUUGACCCUGAAAAUGUAAUGUUUUCUUUGAGAGCCCUUUGGAUGUGGUGGCUGAAGCACCUCACGGAGAGGGGAAGGAAGCAGGACCCUGGGCUCCAUGGGGAGCCCACCGAUGAAUCCCAUAGGGUUAGGACCAAACCUUUAGAGUAGUUAUGUCCCACUUAACCCAGCCCUUGGCGAAGUCAGCGAGUCCCCAAUGACUCUGGCCAUUGUUGCAUGGGAACAGACCCAGCCAAAUUAGGGUAGUUUUCUCCAUUUGUUUCUUAACCUUCUGUGAGGGGUGGGGGGGGUCAGAGCCCUGGCUUUGAAGCCGUCACGUCGGCAGCCAAUUCGCAGGGAUGUUUUGUGUGUUUAAAAGCCUAUGACUGUUCUUAAAGAGAAGCAUUUUUAAAUUUUUUUUUUCCAUUUGUAGAAGGAAGGACAAGAGUAAUCUGUGGCAAACUGUACAGUACGUGUCUUCUUGUGGUGUCACUGUUUGAAUGGUUAUUAAGUUUUCAAAUCACUGUGGACAGCUAAUCAUUUAAGUUAUUAAUUUAUUCUUUGGGGUUUUGUUGUUUGGUUUUUUUUAAGUAAUUUGAAACAAUUAUUUAUCCUGUAAAUCGGUCUUGAGUGAAGCCUAGAUAAUACUUUUUUUUGCUGUUAAUAAACAUGGUACAUGCCUGACGUGAAGGUGAUCUCAUUCUUAAGUACUGUAUAUGCAGCAGGAAAGCAACGGGAAAAUAAAAGAAUAAUAAUAAAAAGACAUCUCUCACUGGUGACUCCCAGCAUGGAUUC